GCUGAGACGGCCGAUGCAACAGGGCUCGGGAGCCCAGGAAGAGCCGAACGGGACCGCCGCUGCCUCCCCGCCAUCUACCUCUAUAGCUGCCGUCCAAGCUUUCUUUUGUGCCACCGGGGUUUGCGGACGGUAUAUUUAUAGGGAGAUGUCCCUCGGAGCUUUGUCGUGACUGCACCCCACAAGCCACUUGUGGCGUAGUUUUGUUAGCGGCAGUUUCCUCGAGAGCAAGCGCGCCACUAAAUUCGAUGAGGCUCACUUUCUGAUAAGUAUACAGCCUAGGACUGCGUCUAUGAAGCUGCGAGCGUAAAGGAUCUUGUAGCACCUGCUUAUAAGUCAUGCCUCCCCAUAUUCUGUGCCUAAGCUGAUAGUCUUUAUGCACUUUAAUCUUCUACCUGCACCCUUGGCUAGUACAUUGUGGCACUGUACCUUAACUCUUGGAGACCGAGAAGUACUAGCUGCAGUCCUGCGAUUGCCUUAGUAAUGUUCCAGAGGCUGAAUAAUAUGUUUGUGAGAGAAAUCAAUAACUUACCCAGUCAAGAGCCUGAGUUCAGCGAGAAAGAGGAGGAGGAGUGGAUUCUGGUGGACUUCAUAGACACCUGUAGUAACUUUUCAAUGGUUGAAGAAGAAGAGGAGGAGGAGGAAGAUGAUGCCAUCUGUGAAGCAUCACCUGUUGACCAUUCGCCUGUCUUCUCCUGUCUGCCUUCUACCUUGGAAUGUUUGGCUGAUGCUAGCGAAUCCUGCUUUAUCCAGUUUGACUCAUGUCCCAUGGAGGAGAGCUGGUUUAUUACGCCACCCCCGUGUUUCACAGCAGGUGGCUUGACCGCCCUCAAAGUGGAAACAAGCCCCUUGGAAAACCUUUUGAUCGAGCAUCCCAGCAUGUCUGUAUAUGCGGUCCACAAUGCCUGCCAUAGCCUCAACAAGACCAGUUGUGGUGAUGAGGAGGAGGAAGGGCCAGAGCCUCAUGAAGCAAGCAGUUCUCGAUCAGAAGCCCAGAAUGAAAUGGGCCAACACAUCCGAUGCUACAUUGCCGCAGUUACUGCUCAUUCAACCUUUCUUGAACAGACCCAUAGCUUUCGUCCUCCCAGGUGGACAAAAGAACACAAUGCAAGACAAUAUCUGAACAGAAACUGCCUCCGUCGCCAAAACCUUACCAGGGAUUGCUACUCUCGGCAACUCAAGAACAACGGAUUUUUUGUUCACCAGCCGUGCCAGCGUCAGUAUAAUUACUGAGGGUGUUUUACAUUAUUAUUAUUGUUUUUUUCAAAAAUAAUAUUGGUUAACUAUUGCUCGUUUGUGUUGGUGUGUGUAUGUGGAUAAGGAAGGCGAGAUCUAUCUAUCUUAGACUGAAUGUCAGUUGUUUCUACACAAUCACUUAAGUGUUACAGUUAGGUUGUAAACCACAUUGACGUGAAUGCUGUACCGAAGGAUGCCUUUACAAUAUUUUAUUUGUGGCUCAGAAACAUAUCAGUUUAGUGGUGUUUGUGUGAAUGGGCUUUUUUGUUCUUUGUGUGUGUGUGAAAUUUUAUGAUGUACGGAUGGGUUUGUUUUUAUAUUUGUAUUUUUAACCAAGACAUAGCAGGCAAUUUUCCAUCAUAUUGCGGUUACAGAAUUUCUCAGGGUCAGCCAUACACUUACAAAGAUCUGUGUAUACUGUAUAUCCUCUUAAUAUUCUAAUACAGCCGUUAAAAUGUGAUGGACUGAAUGGCAUUAGACUCCUAAUGAGGAGUGAAUAAUGUAUGUAGAGCGGGGAGGGAGAAAAUGGAUUGUGUGACCCAAUUUCCUCCUAUCGACUUGUCUUUAUCCUCCAUGGUUUAAUGCAGUUUACUCAGUUUCCUACACAAAGGAGGUACCUCACAGGAAGUAUGAAGCAGCCCUAGAAAUGAGAUUUAGUGUAGCUAGAUAGUACUCUUUCAAUGCCUCAUGUUUUGAAAUAUUACCAUUUGGGUACUUCUUAAGAAGUGUCCCAUGCAAACAUCUCUAACUGUAAGAGGAAGCAUUCAAUUGAAAGACUCUGAAAACAAACCUUUAUGUGUGGCUAUCAUUAGGAAUGGAAUGGAUAAGCUUUGGGCCUCCACUUAGUUAGAAUGACUACAAUAAGUGGGCAUCUAUUUCUUUUUCCAUUCCCUCUUUACAUUUCAGUGCAUAAGACACAAAACCUCUUGUUCAGUCCUGUUAUCUCAGUAUGUUGUUGGCCUGCACCAGGCCUUAAGCUUAUAGUCAUAACGCUGAAAUGACUUGGACCUUUUUCUUAAAUCAGCACCAUGUAAAUGAAAGUUAUAAUAUUUGAUUUUUAAAUGAACUGAAAUUCAUAGUGGCCUUCUCAAAAUGCCCUACUGAAAUAUACUUUGUAAAAGGAACAGGGUGUUUACCUCAGUAGGAAUCCGUUGAGGCUCCAAACUGUGCAGAUGCUGGUUUUAUAGACAAUCCAGUGUAGUGGCAACAUCCAAUUUCCUCACAACCCCAUUUUACUUGACAUACUACCAGCUUAACUAAUUUAAUGGAUGUUCAAAGGAAAAAUAAGAGGAGUUUAUGCUUUUAUGGAAUUUAUACAAUCCUACGUGGAAAGUCCUGGCUGGCCUUUGUAGUUGCCCGAUGCCAGACUUCACAUUCUACUAGUUAAUAUUGAAUCAUCUGUUACUCAGUUUCUGAAACUCAUCAGAACCAUUUCUCUGUUGAAUUUGGUUGUCCUGGAUCUAGUCAGUUCAUUAAUGUUUUAUUAUAUACAGAACCAUAUCUAUAUAAUAUGGUUUUAUUAUAUACAGAACCAUUUUUUUCAUUCUUACUCCAGUAGCCAUCCAAUAUUCUUGCUUUCAUGAACAAACACCACAAAUGCAUUUUUAAACUCAGGAAUCUUUCAACGUUUGGCACAUACCUAAAUAUUUUUACCUGGAGGUUUUACUGAUUGAAGCCAAAUGCCAGCAAGUAUAGUUCUGCAAGUUCAUAGCCUUCACCUUUAUUACUAUAACUCAUUCAAUGUUUAACUUGCAUUUUCAGGACUCUUAAAAUGAGGAUCACUUUUCCUACUCUUACCUUCUUUGUCCCUGUUACUGGUUUAGCAGGUAUUUGAAGGAAGAUCUUUUGCUAGCUGAGAGAUACUAGUUUUCUCUUACUGUACUGGAUAACACACUAGUGAUGGAAGCUUAUGUUUUAAAAGAUAAACACAGGCAUUGCACAAACAUGCGCUUUUCAGUUCUUAAUGUUGGAAAUAAUGCUGUUCUGGGAGGAAUGGUGGCAUAUACAACAUUGCAUCAGACUCUUAAUUACCUUACAUAUUUAUGUUCUUAACUCUGUAAUGUGCCUGAACGUCUUGGAUUAUUAGAUUUGUGUGCUUUGUGGAUAGGUAUGACUUUUUAUAUAGUUUUUCUCCCUUCAAAAAUGUAUUAACUUGUAAAAGUGCAGGACUUGUACUGUAUUGAAUGGUGUUUCAUAAUUUUGCUGAAACUGAAACUGGUUUUUCAUUUGUAUUGUAAACAAACUGUGCCUUUUCAAGUGACUUGUACACAGCAGACUUGAAGACUACAAAAAGGGACAAUUCUGUUGAGAUAAUUACUGUACAUCAGUCUAUGCAUUAUCAAUGAUAGCUUCUUUGUGGAGCAAUUUUUUUCCUUGUAGCUGUAGCAGUUCUUUACAUAUUCACAAUUCCGUUACCCUGAUACUAUGAGAUCCAUGUAGCUGUAAUAACUCAGAGUAGCUUGUACUUCAGUAGCUACUUCUACAACCUUCUGAGCAAGGACAAAGAAGGCUUCAAGCCCUGUUAACACUGCCUGUUCACUGCAACCAUCUUACAAAAGGUUAAUGCAGUAUAUCAGGUGCAUAACUUAGAGCCAGUAUAGCUGGUUCCAUAUACCAUUUAUCUAGCUGAACAGCCUACACAUUUUGGGCAGAGAGCCUCCUCUUUGGGUGUCGUCAUCGUAAGCAGGCCUGGUCUAUACCGGUAGCAGAUCGCCUGAUAAAAGUGGUUCCCAGUGCAUUCUGAAGCAUGCAGGAGGAAAAAAAAGUUCUUCCAAAUUUUCAUAUCUAAACUUUCAUUUUUCAUUCAUCCAAACGAUUUGUUUUUCCAUUAUCAGUUUAUUCUUUUUGUCUGUUUCUCCUUUGAUUUCAGUAGAAGACAGAGCUGGUCUUCUACCGCCUCUACCUUUAAUGACUUGCCGUCCAAGAGGAAGAAAUUAGCAGGCAUUCUGAUAUACACAUAACAUUAAACCUGCCAAAUUCACUUAGAUAGGACAAGUGGUUCCUCUUUCACAGGCAACUUUAAAAGGUGCACAGAAGCAAUCUUAACUGCUGCUUAAUACUAGAUAGAGAUUUCCAGCCUGCCAAUUUCAUAUGGCUGUACCCAGUGUUCAUCCUGCUUUGAGUAAACGUGUGCUUUAAAUUGGACUCACAUGGAAGACAGUCCAUUGUGAUCUGUCUUAGUCCUGUGCGCACUUCCACCACCACUCGCCCUUUUUUUUGUAACCAAUAUACUGUUCCAAACUAAGACUCCAUCAUAAAGUACAUUAAUGGCAACUCCUUAGAUUUCAUCUGUGUUUGUUUUCUCAUUUAAUUUUGUUAUAAAAUUGAAUAGGGCUUGUUCAAUGUCAUUGUUUUUAAAUAAACAAAAUCAUGUUCUUAUGAGUGUGUCACUACAGCUAGGUAAUUGACAUGUCUGAAUGCAGAUGUGCAUGUAUAGGGGGAAAAAAUGUCCCCGCGCCUAGAAAACUAGAUAGCUGAGAGAUAUUUUCUAAUAAGGACCUUCUAGAGAUGCUUGUUUUCUAGAUGUGGAGGCUUCUAUUCCAUUAAGUGUUGUUUGUGUAGACUGAGCUGUAGAUCAAUUCAACAGCACUUUCUUGAUAGCAUCAUCCAUGCACCUUGUACAUACAGAAAAGUAGUGUUCUUACUGGAGAGGGGGGUGUCUGCCCCCACCUGGGGAACUUGCUCCUUUUGGAAACCUAUUUAAAGGUGUAAUCCUCAGCAUUUCCUCAGACGUUGUGCAAACCCUUGUGUUUGCUAGAUUUUGGAGUACGCAAUUGUGUUUCAUGUCCUAUGGGCUUCCCAUAGGCCUCUGAUUGUCCCGCUGUGGGAUCAGAAUACUGGACUACAUAGGCUUUGGUUACAUCUAGCACUUCCCUAAUGUUUAGUGGCCACAGUUUUUUAGUGGUCUUAAGAUUUCAUUGUAUUAAACAACCAAUAUUUGCCUGUAACAUAGGUAGGUGAACAUAGGCAUAUUUUCAGCUUUUGCUCACUCCAAAGCCCAGUGGAUGGAGCAGGUGGACAUUUCAAUUAAUGCGUUGCACCCAGUCAUGGCCCUGUUCUGCCUGCUCCUCCGCUAUCUUAGGGCAGCAGAUGGUACAAUGAAACAGCUGGCCCGCCAUGGCCUUAUGUGCCUGUUGCAGCCAUGCUGGCCGACCCUGCAGUUUCUUUUUUGUAUCCGACACUGCUGUGUAUGCAGUGAGGUGUCCCAGGAGUUUAUCACACCUCAUUCUCAAUGUUGCUGAUUUGUAGCAUAGCAGACUUGCAAGGUCCCGCUUCAUUAAGAGCCUCCAGAAAAAGAGGAAGAACAAAUCAAUGCAGCAUCCCUAAAAGCAACAGGAAACAUAAGGAAAAGCAAUAUUGGUUUAUAGCUAAUCUGUAAUGAUUGACAGUUUCUGUAUUUCAUGGUGCAAGCUGGAACUCUGGAGGAGCAGAAUCAAUAAAAGGGUCUACUGUGACAACGA